AUGUCCGUACACGGGCUACAGACCAUAUCCGUACACGGGCUACAAACCAUAUCCCCGUACUCGGGCUACAAACUAUGUCCGUACUCGGGCUACAUACCAUAUCCGUACUCAGGCUACAAACAAUAUCCGUACACGGGCUACAUAACAUAUCCACACACGGGCUACAAACCAUGUCCGUACAAGGGCUACAUACCAUAUCCGUACAAGGGAUACAUACCAUAUCCGUACACGGGCUACAUACCAUAUCCGUACACGGGCUACAUACCAUAUCCGUACACGGGAUACAUACCAUAUCCGUACAAGGGCUUCAUACCAUAUCCGUACAAGGGCUACAAACCAUGUCCGUACACGGGCUACAUACCAUAUCCGUACACGGGCUACAUACCAUAUCCGUACACGGGCUACAUACCAUAUCCGUACACGGGCUACAUACCAUAUCCGUACAAGGGCUACAUACCAUAUCCGUACAAGGGCUACAAACCAUGUCCGUACACGGGCUACAUACCAUAUCCGUACACGGGCUACAUACCAUAUCCGUACACGGGCUACAAACCAUGUCCGUACACGGGCUACAUACCAUAUCCGUACACGGGCUUCAUACCAUAUCCGUACAAGGGCUACAAACCAUGUCCGUACACGGGCUACAUACCAUAUCCGUACACGGGCUACAUACCAUAUCCGUACAAGGGCUACAUACCAUAUCCGUACACGGGCUACAAACCAUGUCCGUACAAGGGCUACAUACCAUAUCCGUACACGGGCUUCAUACCAUAUCCGUACAAGGGCUACAUACCAUAUCCGUACACGGGCUUCAUACCAUAUCCGUACAAGGGCUACAAACCAUGUCCGUACACGGGCUACAUACCAUAUCCGUACACGGGCUACAUACCAUAUCCGUACAAGGGCUACAUACCAUAUCCGUACACGGGCUACAAACCAUGUCCGUACAAGGGCUGA